AUGGAUCCUUCUGCUCUUCCGCCGGAUGUUUUGUCCCAUAUCGCAGGGUUUUUGAGCCCCGCCGAAUUGUUGAACUUUGCCUCGGCCAGCCGUGCCCUCUGGUAUUCCUUUGGCAGCGUGCCAAAAGACUGGACAACGCAUAACAUCACAUUUAACUGCGGUCAAUCGAUUACUAUCCUAAAUGAGGCAGGGGAGACCGAGUUGCGUCUCAAGAACCAGCUGAAAAUCGGGCUUUUGCUGAGGAAUAGUCAUUACGGCGGGCUGACGCUGAGGAGUAGACGUGCUCCUCCCGGAUACGAUGGAUCGAUGCGAGUGGACCGGCUGUAUAUAGAGGCACGCGUCGAGCCAUACAGUUUGAUCGAGCGCCACAUGAGGCCACCCGGAUUUUCGGUCCUCACACUCUCACGUCUUCACCCGGCACCCGAAAAGGCCGAAUUCCUGAACAAUGCCACGGAGCGGCUCUGCUUCUCGAGUACAUCACCCUUGGACGAAUACCUCUAUAUCAAGAUCAAAUCUAUGAAAAUCACCGUACCCGCCGGAGAAGAUCAUCAGAUUGUGCCGUACGUCAAAAGGGUUCUGGAAGAGUGGAAGGCCAAGGAACGCGAAAUUUGGGACAUACGUAUCGAGGGAACAGACAUCCCAGCCAUCGAGGAAUUCGAGGAUUAUUACGAGGAAUACGAUCCGUACCUUGGAGCAAAGGUCCGAUGUGGGACAAGGGAUCAUGGACUCGUGCUCAAUCGCAUUCGGAAGCAAUUUGGGCCGGAUGGACCACAAGACCCACCAGUCGAGCUGCAUCUAUUUUCCAUUGAGUUGCCGGACGAGGAGGAUGAA